AUGCUGAAAUCAAAUGAUUCUUUGUUUUCUGUGGAUAAUUGGUUCCUUAAAAAUCCAGAUGAAGCUGAAAACUUUCUGAAUGAUGAAAAAUCAUUGGAUUGGUUUCUUCCUCCAGCUCCACUGAUUUCAGAAAUUCCAGGAACUCAAGAGUUAGAAGAGGAAAUAGAAAGCCAUAAACUAUUAGGUCCGGGAAAGAGGCAAAAACCGUCAGUGUCAAGUUUGAAGAUUAUUAAUGAAGACACAAAUUAUAUUUCACCAACACAAAAUUUACAAAUUCAUUCUAAUGUAUAUAAACAAGGUUUUAUAAAUUUAGGAGGAUCAAGUAACAAUGAUUUGUCACAUGUUUCUGGCAAGCUGACAUAUGGUUCAUCUCAGAAAUAUAAAAAUCAUGUGGACACAGAGAUCUUGCCUGCAAAAAAUGUUUCUGAUGAUAUAAAACUAGUUGAUGUUGUAGAAGGCAAAGGAGAGAACACAUCAACAUUCCAAAAAAGAUUAUUUAAAAAAUGUGACAAUACAUAUGGCAGUGCUUUUGUUAAUGAAAGUAUAAACUUGGACGCUCACAUUGGCUUAGUGAAAUUUGCCCAAACAGAAAUUAACAAAGAGAAGUCAUGGAACUGUAGCAAUAAUUGGCAGAAACCUCAGUAUUCUAGAAAGAAGGUUAUAUCCAGUGAUGCUUUUGUGGCUUCUGAGACAGGAGAAGACAUAUUCAAGGUGCCAUCUUUUUCCAUUGUACCCCAGCCUCACGAUGUUGAAGGAGUAACCAAAAAUGGCUUAAGUUCCUUGAAGGCUGUCACAGAAAUUCCGGCGAAAUUUAGAAGCAUAUUCAAAGAAUUCCCUUAUUUCAACUAUAUCCAGUCCAAAGCCUUUGAUGAUCUUCUUUACACAGAUAGGAAUUUUGUGAUUUGUGCUCCAACUGGCUCUGGGAAAACUGUAGUGUUUGAACUAGCUAUAACAAGAUUGUUAAUGGAAGUACCAUUGCCAUGGUCGAACAUUAAAAUUGUUUAUAUGGCGCCAAUAAAAGCCCUGUGUCGUCAGCGUUUUGAUGACUGGAAAGAGAAGUUUGGACCAAUAGGACUGAAUUGUAAAGAACUCACUGGAGAUACAGUAAUGGAUGAUCUAUUUGAAAUUCAGCAUGCCAAUAUUAUUAUGACAACUCCAGAAAAAUGGGACAGCAUGACUAGGAAAUGGAGAGACAACUCUUUGGUUCAACUGGUUCGACUCUUUCUCAUUGAUGAGGUCCAUGCUGUUAAAGAUGAAAAUCGUGGCCCAACUCUUGAAGUUGUAGUUAGCAGAAUGAAAACUGUACAGUCUUUAUUUCAGCCGUUGGGAAAUGCCAGCACUCUUAUUCCAAUGAGAUUUGUAGCUGUGUCUGCAACAAUCCCAAAUGCUGAGGAUAUUGCAGACUGGCUUUCAGAUGGUGAAAGACCUGCUGCAUGUCUGAAGAUGGAUGAGAGUCAUAGACCUGUGAAACUUCAGAAAGUGGUCCUGGGAUUUCCCUGCAGUAGUAACCAGACUGAGUUUAAAUUUGAUUUAAUUCUGAACUACAAAGUUUCCAGUGUCAUACGAACAUACUCUGAUCAGAAACCCACACUUGUGUUUUGUGCAACAAGGAAAGGUGUACAACAGGCUGCUUCAGUGCUUUCAAAAGAUGUCAAGUUUAUUAUGACUAUGGAACAGAAACAAAAGUUACAGAAGUGUGCAUAUUCCUUAAGGGAUUCCAAACUUAGAGAGACUUUAAUAUAUGGAAUUGGUUAUCAUCAUGCUGGUAUGGAGCUGUCAGAUAGAAAAGUUGUUGAAGGAUUAUUUACUCUUGGAGAUCUGCCAGUCCUUUUUACUACAAGUACUUUAGCCAUGGGAGUAAACUUGCCAGCUCACUUGGUAAUCAUAAAAUCCACAAUGCACUAUUCUGGAGGAAUGUUUGAAGAGUACAGUGAAACAGAUAUUUUACAGAUGAUUGGUAGAGCUGGCCGACCUCAGUUUGACACUACAGCUACUGCAGUUAUUAUGACUAGGCUUAGUACAAGAGAGAAGUACGUUCAGAUGUUAGCUUGUAGUGACACCGUGGAAAGCAGUUUGCACCGACACCUUAUUGAACAUCUAAACGCAGAGAUAGUAUUGCAUACCAUCACAGAUGUGAAUAUUGCUUUGGACUGGAUACGAUCAACCUUUCUUUAUAUCAGAGCCUUGAAAAACCCAUCUCAUUAUGGUUUUACAUCUGGAUUGAACAAAGAUGGAAUUGAAGCAAAAUUACAAGAAUUAUGUUUGAAGAAUCUGAAUGAUUUAUCAUCUGUAGACUUGAUAAAGAUGGAUGAUACUCAUUUUAAACCAACAGAAGCAGGAAGAUUGAUGGCUUGGUAUUAUAUUACAUUUGAGACAGUGAAGAAAUUUUGUACAAUCAGUGGACAAGAGACAUUAUCGGAUUUAGUUUCAAUGAUAGCUAGCUGCAAUGAAUUUCUAGAUGUACAGUUAAGAAUAAAUGAAAAGAAAACGUUGAACACUUUGAACAAGGAUCCAAACCAGAUAACUAUCAGAUUUCCAAUGGAAGGUAGAAUAAAAACAAGAGAAAUGAAAGUAAACUGUCUUAUUCAGGCUCAGCUAGGAUGCAUUCCCUUACAAGAUUUUGCUUUAACUCAAGAUACCUCAAAGAUUUUCAGAAGUGGCUCACGAAUUGCAAGAUGGUUAUCAGAUUUUGUGGCAGCUCAGGAAAAGAAGUUUCCUGUGCUAUUAAACAGCUUGAUCUUAGCUAAAUGUUUUAGGUGUAAACUUUGGGAAAACUCCCGGCAUAUAUCGAAACAGCUGGAUAAAAUUGGCAUAUCAUUGUCAAAUGCCAUGGUAAAUGCAGGUUUAACCUCCUUUAAAAAAAUAGAAGAUACAGAUGCAAGAGAACUUGAAUUGAUUUUAAAUAGACAUCCUCCUUUUGGAACCCAAAUAAAAGAAGCUGUGAUGUAUCUGCCAAAAUAUGAACUUGAAGUCCAACAGAUUGCAAGAUACACUGAUAUGAAGGCAGAAAUAUUAGUGACAAUUAUACUGAGAAACUUUGAACAACUACAGAUAAAAAGAACAGCAGCAGAUUCUCACUAUACUACCUUAAUCAUAGGUGAUGCAGAUAAUCAAGUUGUUUUUAAGCAAAAAAUUAUGGAUUCUGUUUUGCUAAAAGCUGGGAAUUGGGCUAAAAAAAUUGAUGUGAAGAGAGCUCUUACAUCUGAAGAUCUUAGCAUAAAUCUGAUUAGUUCUGAUUUUGUUGGACUUGAUAUUCAGCAGAAAUUUACAGUCUUUUAUUUAGGACCCAAGAGGCUUGAAAACCAACCAGUUAUGCAAAGAAAGUCUGAAAUAGAGGUUUCUCAUUCUAAAUACCAAGAUAAAUUUACUGUAGCAGAACCCAGUAAAGGAACAACUACCUGCAAAAAGCCUGGGAAUCGAGAAUGCCAUCAUCAUUGUAAAAAUAAAAAUAUGUGUGGACAUGACUGCUGUAAAACUGGAGUUGCACAGAAGUCAGAAAUGAAGAAGUCAGCAAUGUCUUCCUACCUGUCUGACUUGAGAAACAGAAAUGCUGUGUCAUCCGUUCCUCCAGUUAAACGUCUCAAGAUACAGAUGAACAAAUCUCAAAGUGUGGACCUUGAAGAAUUUGCUUUUAUUCCUAAACCUUCCCUUCCCAGUGUAUCAAGGUCAGAAUAUUUAAACAUACCUGAAUUGCCUAUAAUGGAACAGUGGGAUCAGCAUGAAAUCCAUGGAAAAGUUCAGCAAGGGCCAUCUGAAUAUGCAGAUAAAAGCAAGUCUCCAUUUUCAGAAGUUCUGAAUGUGAACUUUGAGUUGGAAAAAGAAGUUUGGGAAGAUUUUGAUGAUGAAAGCUUAAUAGAAGUUUCUAGCUUUUUAACUGAUACUGAAAAGACAAAGACAUCAGGAUUUGGCAAAACUUGGAGUUCAAGUGCCAAGCCAAGUAAGCUACCCAUUCAAGAGUUAAAGAAUAAAUGCCAAAGAGAAGUGUUAAACAGUUUUGUUUCAUCACAUGAAAUGCCAGAUACUUACUUUUCAAAUUCUGCCAUGUCCAACUUCAGUCCAUCCUCUGUGACACAAUUCCCUCCACAAGCUGGAAAUGCAAACACUGUCCAUUUACAAGAAAGAAAACAGCUAAGUAGGUCACCAGAGAUUGAGAGGCUGUACUUUCCUCGCUCUAAAAAAAUAUCCAACUCUACUACUUUUAAGAAAGUGGAUAUUUUUAUUGGAAACAAUGAACCUAAAAAGGAAAUUGAUCACAGCAGUUAUUAUCCUGAUGAUGCAGCUGAGGAAAUGAAGGUUUAUCUGGGAAUCUUUGAUGAUAUUUUCUAA